AUGGAGAACCAGACUGGGAUAACUGGGACAACACUGGACUGGGGAAGGGAGUACCUGAACGACAGAAAACAGAUGUUUUCACAGUUGAGUCACAGUCAGAGAGGAGGGUUCAAGCUGGGUGGAUGUAACAAUCAAGGGGUUGUAGUCCAGCGACCUACGUACCUGCGUCCCAGCGACCCCAGCGACCUGCGCCAUCUCCAGCGACCCCCAGCGCCACCCCAGCGACCUGCGCCAUCUCCCGACCUGCGCCAUCUCCCAGCCCCAGCGACCUGCGCCAUCUCCCAGCGACCCCAGCGACCUGCGACCCCAUCUCCCAGCGACCCCAGCGAUCCCCAGCGACAUCUCCCAGCGACCCCAGCGACCUGCGCCAUCUCCCAGCGACCCCAGCGACCUGCGCCGUCUCCCAGCGACCCCCGACCUGCGCCGUCUCCCAGUGAGCGCCAUCUCCCAGCGACCCCAGUGACCUGCGCCAUCUCCCAGCGACCCCAGCGACCUACGUCAUCUCCCAGCGACCCCAGCGACCUGCGCCAUCUCCCAGCGACCCCAGCGACCUGCGCCGUCUCCCAGCGACCCCGACCUGCGCCAUCUCCCAGCGACCCCAGCGACCUGCGCCAUCUCCCAGCGACCCCAGCGACCUGCGCCAUCUCCCAGCGACCCCAGUGA